GGUAUAGAGCGGAGUGAUCCUCCUCCCUCCCCCGCACUGCGCCUCCUCCAUUCCCUCCCCGCUCGGUGCUGGGAUUGCAGUGCGGCGGCCGGGCGGACGGACACAUAUGUAGCGUGAGAUCAGCAGUGCGGAGCACACAUGUACCGGGGGCUGGAGGAUAUACACUGACAGCUGUCAUCAUGGCGGACGGGGCAGAAAGGAUGUCUCCUAAGAGCCCCAGAGGAGGGACAUCACCUGCAGGUAUGGAUAGCCUUUUCAAGACCGAUGAAAGACAAAGGUUGGCAAAAGAAAGACGAGAAGAAAGAGAAAAAUGUCUUGCUGUCCGAGAACAACAGAUACAAGAAAAGGAAAAAAGAGCAAAACUACAGUAUGAAAAACAAAUUGAAGAACGAUGGAAGAAGCUGGAGGAUCAACGGCUGAGGGAGGAUCAGAAAAGAGCUGCCGUAGAGGAAAAGCGAAAGCUUAAGUUUAGGGAGGAAGAAGAGCGUUUUGAGGCUAUGAUGCGUCGGUCCCAAGAACGUAACCAGCAGCUGGAACAGAAGCAAAAGAGAUGGUCCUGGGGUGGUGCCCUGGUAGCUGGAUCUGGAAAAGAUGGUGACUCAGAAACCCCCCCACCCCCUGUGCUAGAUUUAACUGACACAGAGCCUGUGACCUCUGCUGCCGCUGAUGAGUCUUCCAAUGCCUGUGACAAAAUGUCAUCAUCUACUAUGAGUCUGCAAAGGCCAGUUGACUCGCCAAUCAGUAAGAGGCUCUCCGCUUCCACCGCAGCAAUCACACAUUCCCCUGACCGAGCCCAUCGCAUGUAUCUUAGUCCCAUGGAAAAUUUCCUUGUUACUCGACUGCUGACUCCAACGCACUCUUCCUUAUCCAGGAGCAGGAGUCUAGCCGUGCUAAAUGAGUCAUGUCAUUAUAUGUCAGUCUAUCAUGUGUGUCCUCGUGUAGCCCCUGCUAGUCCUCUUAAAUCUCCCUACAAGUCUUCCCCUUCACGGAACACUGAGCGGAAGAAGACCCUGCCGUCUCCUAGCGCAACAGAUGGAGCAAAGACACCAACUACCCCAGAGGCACAGCCUGAAAAGUUCAAGAAAGAAAAACGAGCUACAACUCCUGUACAAGCCAGUGCCAUUGGUUCACCUCUUAGAAGAUCUGAAUCACCUGCAACCAUGUCCAAAAGAUCAUCUUCUCCAGCAACACCAAAAUCACUUUCAAAGUCAUAUGCUCAGUCUCCAGUGAAAAACAACAAGCCGUUCCCAGCUCCUAUGAAACCUCGAUCUAGCCCAAAUGCUGGCCAAGAUGCACCUAAAAAGAGAUCUGAGAAACUCAAAACAAGUCCUGAAACAGAGGAACAUCCUGUGGUAUCGAAAACAGAAUCCUCCAAACUAGAGAAAAGUCUCUCCCCUAGUGAGAAGAAAGAUGCUAAUGAAAGUUCUGGAAAGAUCACAGCAGGAACAACUGAUGCCGAUGAGGCUUCAAAGAUACUGGCAGAGAAGAGGCGUCAGGCACGACUCCAAAAAGAACAAGAAGAGCAAGAAAGACGCGAGCGUGAGGAGGCAGAGAGGUUGAAGAAGGAAGAGGAUAGGAGGAAGGCAGAGGAGGAGAGGCAACGUCUAAAAGCAGAAGCAGCUUUGCUGGCGGAGAAGAAAAGGCAAGAAGAGGAGGAAGCCAAAAGGAAAGCCGAAGAAGAAGCAAACAGAAAAGCAGAGGAAGAAAGACUCCUGAAGGAAAUACAAGAAAAGGAAUUGCAGGCCUAUCUGGAAAAGCAGAAAGAAGAGGCCCGAGAAGCAGCAGAAGCCAUGAGAGUAGAGCGAGAACAGAUCAUACAGCAGAUUGAACAAGAACGACUGGAGAGAAAGAAGAGAAUUGAUGAGAUCAUGAAAAGGACAAGGAGGGGCGACGUUCAAGAAACAAAGAAAGAUGAUCCAAGACCAGAGGUUCAGUCAUCUUUAAAUUCUGAAAAUAGACCAAAGGAUAAUGAAACAGUGCAAGUCAAUGGGUUAUCCUCUCAUACAGAAGAUACAAAACCUGAUGUUGCAAUCAUUGAAACAAAGCCUAAAGAAUUGUUCUCCAGUGGCCUGAAAACAAAUGUUAGCCUUAUCCAACUUGAUGCAUUUGAAGGGAAAUGUAACAGUCUGGACGAUUCCACGGAUGAAGUUCAGUCAAUGGAUGUGAGUCCAGUAUCUAAAGAAGAGCUCAUAUCCAUCCCAGAAUUUUCACCGCUGAAUGACCUCAAUCCAAGUUUGGAGAAUGGGACUAAUAAUUCCAGAGCCUUGGAAGAUCUUCUGGAUUUCACUGGUCAGGCCACUUACUCCAAGAUCUCGAGUGAAAGUAUACACAUUGAUGACUGUAAUAGAAACCUUAUUGAUGGAUUUAACAGUCCAGGACAAGAACCCAAACUUAACACAAUCUGCUGAUUUACACAGCACACUGUAAUAUGGAUUGGCAGAAUAAUUCAGCAAACAAGCUUUGAAGCAACAAACGCUGCUGGCAGUAAAACACCAAGCUAGAGCUGAAACUGGAUUUUCCUCCAGAGCCAACUAUAACCUGCAAGUCUUUAUCUAUACCAUAACAAAUGUUUGCAUCGGCGAAGGACCAAGCCGACCAGUUCUCUGGAGUAUUACCGUUGAUAUUGGAUUGUGACUACAGCUCAUCAUGUUGGAGGAUAACUUUUCACUGGAUCUAUUUUCUCCUGUAUUGGACUUUUGGUUGACUUGUUCUGUGGAGGAAAAGUAAAAGUCGUGUGUUAAUACAAAACUGAGCACGGACUUCUGUAAAAUUUAUGAAAUAGAUUGAUCAUUGAAACAAACUAAUGUAAGCAUUAUGAUUGAACAGGACUUUACCACCAUUCUAUUACCCAGCCAGUAGAAGAUGGAUGUCGUAGUCCAACAAUCUCUGAAGGGCCGCUAUUGAAUUAUUUAAGUUGAAGGUCUACUAUACGUUCUAUGUUCUAUGGCAUUGUUCUUUUUAAGAAAAUGGACUGUUUUAAUGUUUUCAAAUGUGCAUUUUGGUGCAGUUCAGAUGCUUAAGUGGUACGAAUGUUAAUAACCAAACCUUACAGCGAUGGUAUCAUGUUCAUAUUUAUGGCUAUGUUGAGAGUUCAAACCUGAUAUUUUAGACAGUGCUACAUUGGUGGUUCUCAGUCACUGUACUGCAAGACUGAAACUUGGUGUUUGAUGUAAAUGUAGAUCAGUUUAACCUUUUGUUUCAGAUGCUGUAGAACAGUAGCAGUAGUUUAUGGUAGCACCAUUGAGAACACCAUAGGAUAUAUGAUGACAGGUCACAAACCAAAUUAUGUCAUAUGGCAUAAAAGCAAAUUAAAAUGCUUUCCUGAAUGGCCCAGGAGCUUAAAUGUGCAAACAUCAACCUUUACAUAUAUUGUCUGUUGGUGGUCUGCCCCUCUCUACACCCUUAUCUUGUUAUUGGUAAUUAAGGGUAUCGUCACCUUGGGGAAUCAAUGAGGAGAUGUGGAAUUGGAUCCAAACGGGUGUUCUGACAGACUGAUCAACCUGACAGAAUGUGCAACCUGCGUCACUUCCUGUGUUCAUCUCCAAACUGCACGCACUGCACGUGCGCAACGCGUCAUCCAUGCCCUUAGUGGCUGACGUGGGUGCACAGAGGAAUUUGCCUGACAAUUA